AUUGACGCUUGACUCCAGAGCAACUUGAACGGUUAACAAAUCACGGCUUCAGGGAUUUUGCAGUAGACUUCGUAUUCGCUGAUAUCCCUCCAAGGCUAUUUAUAACUCACCUGUUGAAUUUGUGCGGUAACCCAUCGCCUGCCCCGCUGUCUUCACGGCAUUCCCCAGGCGCAAAUAGCACAAGUGCAAAACAGUUAUGAACCGGUUAUUUGGUACCAAGAGCUCUGCUCCGAAACCGACGCUCGAUUCCGCAAUCACAAAUGUCGACAACCGCGUCGCAAGCAUAGACGUAAAACUCGCCGCUCUAAAUGCGGAAUUAUCGUCCUACCAAUCUCGAAUGGCUAAAAUGCGCGACGGACCCGGGAAAAAUGCCAUACGUCAAAAAGCCCUCAAGGUGCUACAACGCCGCAAGCAAUACGAAGCUCAGCGAGAUCAACUGUCGCAACAGUCAUGGAACAUGGAACAAGCAGGCAUGAUGCAGGAUAAUCUGAAAAAUGUCAUGACGACCGUGGAUGCGAUGAAGACCACGACAAAGACGCUCAAACAGCAGUAUGGAAAGGUGGAUAUCGACCAGAUCGAGCGCAUGCAGGAUGAGAUGCAGGAUUUGAUGGAAAUUGGGAAUGAGAUUCAAGAGAGCAUCAGCCGUGCGUAUGACGUGCCGGAGGAUGUGGAUGAGGCUGAACUUGAUGCGGAGUUGGAAGCGCUUGGGGAGGAGUCGAUGUUCGAAAACGCUUUAUCUGAGGAUGCGACACCCGCGUUUCUUCAAGACGAGGUUGCGCCACCACAGUUUGUGGAUGAACCUCCUGAGGAGGGGAAGGUUAAGGAGGCUGCUGGGUGAGAUGGCCGUGUCAGGCUUGCUCUCUUUUUGUCGAACGAAACUUCCGUGCGUUCUCUUCGUGCGUGGCCUCGCUUUAAAUUGUAUCUUGUGUUAUUCCGAGCCAUGUUUUGAACACAUUUCUUAACAUGAGGGCAUUUCGCUACUUUGGUGCUCAGAUUGGCUGUGUCUUUGGUGUUUUUCAAAUCAUACAGGAUGCGAUUUAAACACGAGAUUCAAUUCUGAAUCAGGAACCCGCACAACCCCUUUGCGCAACGCUGUGUAAUUCGUUGGAAUGCAUUACUACUUGUUUAUUAAGUGGAACAUAACAUAUAGAUAUACCACUUCUCCCUACGUCAUUCCGGCGAGUUUGGUUAUGUAUAGCUACUGUCUCAUUCCACCCCUCAUCAUCAGAACUCCGGCUGGGUGGCUCAAAUAUCGAGUUUCUAGUUUAGUAUGCAAGGUAGCCAAACCGCCAAAAUGAUAUUAGUGUUGUUUAUAUGUUCUCUU